AUGUCCUUAUUUGAUUUAGAGAUUUCAAAAAAUAUAUGGAAUGGAAAAAUACCAUUAAAGAUAACCCUCGACCCAACCGAAACAGACAUGUAUGGCAAUGACAAAGUCUGGGAUCCAGUUUACCUAGAAGUACCGAGAUGUUCAUACCUUCCGCUCGUAACUAGACAAAUACAACAAAUUUAUACAGGUCUUGGUAUGCAAGUACCCGAAGAUGCCUUUUUAUCUGUUUGGUAUGAAGAUUCAAAUAAGCAACCGCUUAAAUGGCAUUAUCCUAUAGGAUUGCUGUUUGAUAUAUAUUCGUCUCUGGAUUUAUUACCGUGGUCAAUUACACUUCGAUUCAAAAACAUACCGACAGAUACCGUAUUAUUGAAGCCCACACCAGAGACAAUGCAGGAUAUGUUUAUGGCGAUGGUUAAAGAGGCAGAUUUUCUUCGCAAUGGCACCACAAAAAAGGUAAUGAAUCUUAGUAAACGUGAUCAAAGUCAGCUAUGGCAAUCACUUGCAUUAGAUCGAUUUGAUGAGUUUUGGGCUGUGAACCGACAACUGGUGGAAUACUCAAAUAGUAGCCUUCGUAAUAUACCGCUUCGGAUUUACUUGCCAGACAAUUGCCCUGUAAUUCAAGAACCUGUUUCAUUCUAUGGAGAUUCAGAAAAACAAGAGACACUUACGGUCAAGGAUGUUCUAAGAAAGUUAAUACCUGAUUUGUUUGUAUCCGAAGAAACAUUGCAUCUCAUUUCUAUUCUUGUCCAUGGCGUGGAGUUGCCUCUGGAUACUCCCAUCAGUUGGGCUUAUGAAAACCUCUCUUUUGCAGACAACUUUCUUCAUGUAGUUGUGAUAUCCAAACCUAUCGGUUAA